GUUUCCCUCGAGCUGUCUCUAUGUAAUCUCGCGAGAACACGCGGUCUCAUUGACAAAAACACUGGUGCGGUUGAUUUCGCGGGAAUCUUCUGUUUUGCUCGCUGACAGGGAGUCAGGUCAGUGUCACCUGAACUUAUACCGUAACACCUGAGUUGAGGCAGGUAACAGCCGAAGCUCCGCGGUCCACACUGCCAAGUCUGUGCUGCAGGACAGUCAUGUUCUCCGCCCUGAGCGCACAGAAGGAGGGCUCCUCUCUGCUCUCCCGCCCUGCCUCGGAGGAUCAGGACCAGGGCCCGGUGUUUGAGAGGCUGUCCCUGGCUUACAGUCCCUGCUCCGAGCGCUACAAAGUCGGGGAGAGAAGCUUCAGUCGCCAGUAUGCUCAUAUCUACGCAGCACGACUCAUGCAGAUGAGGCCCCUGCUAUCAGAGAGAGCCCAGCAGAAGUGGGGAUCAGCCGUGCUCAUCAAGAGGCUGUGUGACCUGCAGACAGCGGAGCAGUGCUGCAUCGUAGGGACUCUGUUUAAGCGUAUGGAGCUGCAGCCGUCUAUUCUGCGAGAGAUCAGCGAUGAGCACAAUCUGCUGCCCCAGCCUGCACGGGCCAAAUACAUCAGUGAGACGGACGAGCUGAUCCUGGAGGACGAGCUGCAGAGGAUCAAACUGGAGGGCAAAAUCGACAGAGACAAGUGUGUCACAGGUAGUGUAAUUGCGAUAUAUGGAGCUGAAAGGAACGACGGGAAGUUCACAGUUGAGGACUUCUGCAUGGCUGAUCUUCCUCCACAGACACCAAGACCUGUGCUCAGCUCUGACAGGUUCGUGCUCCUAGCCUCAGGACUUGGCCUCGGCAGUAGUCAUGCUGACAGCAUGCUGGGCCUGCAGUUGCUCAUCGAUAUGGUAACCGGUCAGCUUGGUGACCAGGGGGAGCAGAGCGGGGCAGCCAACAUUUCCAGGGUCCUGCUGGCUGGAAACCUCCUGAGUCAAAGCACCCAGGAUAAGGACGCAUCAACGAAGCCCAAGUACCUGACCAAGAAGACUCAGGCUGGCAGCGUGGAGGCGAUUCGUCUGCUGGAUGAGCUGCUGCUUCAGCUGGUGGCUUCACUUCCAGUGGAUGUAAUGCCCGGCCAGUAUGACCCCACCAACUACACCCUCCCACAGCAGCCUCUCCACCGCUGCAUGUUCCCCUUGUCCUCCGUGUACCCCACACUACAGUUGGCCUCCAAUCCGCACAUAGCUAACAUUGAUGGAGUGAGGUUCCUGGGCACUUCAGGCCAAAAUGUUCUCGACAUUCAGAAGUACAGCAGCAUGGACAGUCACCUGGAAAUCCUGGAGGAAACGCUACGGCUCCGACACCUGGCCCCGACGGCUCCUGAUACUCUCGGAUGUUUCCCGUUUUACCAAAAAGAUCCUUUCAUCUUGGAAGAGUGUCCUCAUGUUUACUUCAGUGGCAACGCUACAACUUUUGAGUCCAAGCUCGUCAAAGGUCCUGAUGGCCAAGAAGUCCUUUUAGUUACUAUUCCAGAGUUCAGCAGCACCCAAACGGCGUGCCUGGUUAAUCUACGUACUCUUGAAUGUGAGCCGGUCAGCUUCUCGGCCUUCUCCGCCAACGACGACGAGGAAAGCGAGAUGAACAUCAGCCACUGAGGGUCCAUAUCCGCGCACAUCAUGCCUUCAACAUGCCUAAUGUCUCCAGUCUUUAUUGCACUGAUCACUAUCAUAAAGGUCAAUGAAUUGCAAGAGGAGAAAUCAGUAUUCACAAAGGUGAAGAGAGAGAGAGAAGACAAGCGUUGUGUAUUAACAAGCGUUUAUUUGAAAAAUAACUCUUCUACCCCAACUGUGCUCGAAGGAACCGUGACAGAACUUUCCCUCCUCUUGACUUUUGUCACCAACUUUGAACAAAAUGCUUUUUAAACCUUUCAUGACUGUUCAUACAGUAAAAAAAAAAAAUGUUUCUGCCUUUGACGAAGACUGAAAACAAUUCAACCCUGGUGUAAAAGUGUUUUUUUUUAUGUGCAUCCACAAUAAACAUCUUUUUCAUGAA